UGCAAAUUGCACAGAGAAGAGAGAAAGAGAAACAGAAAAAGAGAGAAAAAAUCAGAAAAAGAAAGAAACAGUGUGAGUGUCUUGUAUAUGCAUAAUGCAAUUGAAUUCAUAAAUUUUCAUUCUCUCCACCUUCUUCAAAAGAGAGCCUAAACCUUCCCUAUUCCUUCUACUUCUGGCGCCAUUUGCACACUCUUGCAACCCCAUCACCUUUCAAAAAACAUUAAUACAACCUCUUCUUCUUCUACUACACAUUUCUUCAAACACCUUCCAUUCAUGGAACAACCUGUAAACCUCUCAGCGCCGCCACACCCACAACCACUCAUGAUUAACAUGAACGUGGCCAACACCACCACGACGCCGCCAGCGACGGUGCAAACCGCCACAACAACAACAACAACAGUGGCAACAGCAGCAACAGCAACAACAACACCGGGAAGCACUGAAGGAAGCUUGGAUUUGUUUGCUAAGAAGAAGAGAGGAAGACCCAGAAAAUACGACGCAGAUGGGAACCUGAAUCCGGCGUACAAGAAGAGUGCAACGCCGCCACAGAGAUUCACUCUCUCCGCAACCGCAAACGAGUUUUCUGCCAAAAGGGGUCGUGGGAAACCUGCUACUGGGUUUGGAAACUACCACCUCUUUGCUUCUUUUGGUGAGGUUUUUGCAAGCUCUGCUUCUGGGGAUUUCACACCGCAUGUGGUGACUGUUUAUACUGGAGAGGAUGUUGCUGGAAAGAUUAUGUCAUUCGCGCAGAAGAGUCCAAGAGGAAUAUGUAUUCUUUCUGCCAAUGGUCCUAUCUCUAAUGUCACCCUACGCCAACCUGGUUCUUGUGGUGGCAUAUUGACUUAUGAGGGUCGGUUUGAGAUUUUAUCUUUGUCUGGAUCCUUCUCGGUAUCUGAUAGUAGUGGCAUGAAAAGUCGAAGUGCUGGAUUGAGCGUCUCUCUAGCUGGUCCUGAUGGUCGAGUGAUAGGAGGUGGUGUUGCUGGUCUGUUGACAGCUGCUGGCCCCAUCCAAAUUGUAGUGGGAAGCUUCAUGCCAAAUGGUUACCUCAAGACCCAUAAAAGGAAGUACCAACGUGAACAUACAGUGGCAUCCCCAACUUCAACUGGUCCAGAAACAGUCACAGGAGCAACACCUAUCUCACAAGCAAAUAGUGAUGGUGAAAACUAUAUGAUACCUAUGACUCAGUCUCAGAUACCACUUCAAAUCCAGAGAGAAUCUGUGAGUGUUCCAAGUGAUAAACAGAGCCUAGAUGGCACACCUGAUGCUGCUGCUAAUUGGAAUGGUUCAGAAGAAUAUUCAGAUCAGAGGACAUCUCCAGACAUCAACAUAUCUUUGUCUGAUGAAUAGAAGUUUUUGAGGCUGACAUGGUAACUGAAUGAAACUAACACCAGAAGAUUGUGAUGACAACUAGGUUAUAUAUUUGCCAUAAUGUACAGUUGUCAGGAAUUAGGAAGGAUUGUUAUGGCCUCAAUUUUUUUAUCUCACAGUUUCUGCUGAAAACUUACAAGUUUUCUGUUUCUCAUUUCUUUUUUAGUUUGGGAGUUAGGUGGUUGGGUUGAUCAAAGAUAUUUAAGCUAUAUUCUGUUGGGAUUUUGUUUCAGUAAGAUUAGUUAUAUUUAUUUUGCACUUUUACACAUUUGGGACACUUCUCACAAGAGUGUUAUGGAUCCAUGAAGAAUUUACUGCCAAACCAAUAUUGCUACGAUGAGUAUUGUGUCA